CAGGCCGCUGAUUACAUCCGCCAAGCCUUCAACAAUUCGGGCGCCAAGUUAACCGCCUACUCGCCCGACCAGAUGGAACAAGCCAUGCCCCUCACCAGAGCCGCUAUCCGCGCAUCCAGCUCCGUGGACAGAUUCGCCCCCCAAGGCGUCCAGCUCGGCUUCGACGGACCCGGAGUCAUCAACAGGACCCUUCUCCUCAUGGGAUCGGGAAUUACCUACGACUACUUCGAGAGGACUUCGCCGCUAACCUGGCCUCCAACGACCCCGAAGCUGACCUCGUGGCCUACCCCGGCCCCUCCACCAGCGUGAACCGCGGCCACCAGCAGCCCGUAGCCUUCAUCCUGCAGGCCGCCGGCUUGGACAACGGCAGCUCCAUCCCCUUCACGCACAUCGACAUCACCGGGCCCGCCACCACCUUCCCCGGCGUGCCCGCCACCACCCCCCUCACCUCCAUCACCUACAAGUUCGGCCUGAGCGCCCAGCUGCAGAUGUUGAUGGGCAUCUACAUUCCUCCACCCCAGAGCACUGAGCCCGCCGCUGCUGAGCCCGCCGCCGAGGAGUAAAGUCCAGAGUAGAGAGUAGAAGCAGACAAGACGAAGGGGAAACGGGUAGAGGGAGCAAAGGGAGGGGAGGGAAUGAGGGAGAGACGGGGAUGGAAAGGGAGAAAGAGAGAAAGGGGGAGAGAGAGUGAGAGAGAAAGAGAGAGAGAGACAGAGAGAGAGAGAGAUAAGAAAAGGGGGAGGAGAAGUGGGCGCGAGUGAGAAGAACAUAGUCCACGGACGUAGCCGCUCAGGUCUAAUACAUCGACUGUAAUAGAAAGUUGAGCUGAGCUGGGGUGAAGUGUUUCUUUUUUAUCUUUUUCUUUUUUAAGUUUGCUUUUUUUUCUCGUAGAUUAGAAAGCUGCUUGUGGGUCAAGAGAUGUGAUGGUCCAGCAAUGUAUGCAUACUUUUUAUUUCAGGCGUAAUACUAAUAAGCAACACCCCUGUGCCAUCAGAAUGCGAUACUCCUUAGACUUAGCUAAGCACAAACAAAACAAAAAAAACAAUCUAAGGACCAACACACCUACAAGGUUCCACCAAGUCGCCCCAUUCUGUAUGUCUGCGCUCUGUUCUCGUUCACUCGACUGCCCAUUCUGUAUAACCCGCCGUGACCUGGUAUAGAAUCUCAUGGAAAAAAGUGCCUUUAGACAUAUGUUACAUGUGUCGUUUCGUGUCUGUGACACUGAUUUCUCUUCAAAUAAAACAAUUUCACCGUCUAA